AUGCUCUUAUCGACUGAUUUGCCCGAAAAUGAAAUCAACACCGACAUGUACUCGAGGUCGAAGAAAUCUAUCCCACAUAGGGCAUCAAUCCCGCAUCAUUGCCCUGGUGCUACAACAUCUAACUUCAAAGAACAGGAGUCAGAGAAGAAGCUCGAGCCUCGCCAAGGAAACUUGGGCAUGGAGACCAUAGCAACUCAUGAGAACGCUUCAAGUUUGACCAGCAUUUCUUCUUCUUCAACUUCGUCCUCAAGGCGCCCUAUCUUCUUGCUUGGUUUGGGACAGACCGCCUUGGUUGCCCUGUUCUACUCCCUCGAGAUUGGCCAACCGAUUCAUGGAUUCUCGCAGCCACUCGGAUCAUUCGGUGCAUUAUCGAUUCCAUCGGUUUCUGCUCGGUGGAACCCCGGCGUUCGCUUAUAG